AUGAACAAGUUAGUGUGGGCACGAUUAUUAACAAUUUAUUUUAUUUUAUUUUCUAAUAGAGCUAUGUCCAUUGCAACAACAACCAAUGCAAAUUAUCCGGCAGUGUUUGCAUUUGGGGACUCAAUUCUUGAUACUGGAAAUAAUAAUAAUCAAUUAUCAGCGACUAAGUGCAAUUUUCCUCCCUAUGGAAAAGAUUUUUAUGGAGGUGUGGCUACUGGAAGAUUCGGAAAUGGCAGAGUUCUAUCUGAUUUGAUAACGGCGGCUAUGGGAGUGAAAGACACAUUGCCAGCAUAUUUAAAUCCAAACUUACAAGCUCAAGACCUUGUUACUGGAGUAUGUUUUGCAUCAGCUGGUUCAGGACUUGACGAUAUGACCGCAAACAUUCAGAAUGUCUUGACAUUGGGCACUCAACUGAAAAAUUUCCAAGAUUACAUAGGAAAGUUGCAAGCAAGUGUUGGUGCAGAUAAAGCGGCUAACAUCAUAUCCAACGCUUUGUAUGUGAUAUCAGCAGGAAACAAUGACGUGGCAAUCACUUAUACUUUUACCGCCUCUACUUUAGUUGGGGCAAGUCAAAGUUUUCUAAAGAGCAUAUAUCAAUUGGGAGCACGACAUGUGUGGGUUCUAAGUACGCUUCCAUUGGGGUGCUUACCUGGAGCUAGAACAACACUUGGAGGGGCAUUAAGGAUAUGUGUAGAUCUUGAGAAUAUGUUAGCACAACAAUUCAAUGGCAUGUUAGCUAGUGGAGUUUCUGAUCUUAAAGCCACUCUUCCCGAUUAUGAUGUUAAAUUCGUUGAUGUCUAUACUCCUAUGCUUCGUCUCAUAAUGAAUCCUUUUGCAUCAGGGUUCAUAAACGUAUGGAAUGGGUGCUGUGGAACUGGGACAUUAGAAAUGGGCCCAACAUGCAAUAUAUUCACUUUUCAAUGUCCAAGUACAUCAACCUACUUUUUUUGGGAUUCUGCUCAUCCUUCAGAGAGAGCUUAUCAACUCACUCUCGCUUCGAUGCUACAAAAUCUAAAUUAUGAUCUUACUAAUUACAAUAUUUCUAAGGCUCUUGGUCACUUGAAUGUAACAAGUCUUAAUUUAAUUUAAUUAAUAAUUUUCAUUUGUAUGAUAUAUUGGACUAUUUAUUUAACCAAAUAAAUUUAAUAAAAUUCAUGAUUGGCUUGCAAUGCUUCUUACUA